AUGUGGUCCUCUCACAAACCCAAACUCAGUGGACUUCGACAUUCUGUCAAAUCUAAAAUGGGUAUUCCAUCCUCAUUACCCACAAACCCUAACUUGACCCGAUCGCCAUUACCUCAGUCCCCACCACCACAAACGCCACCACUACCACAAUCGCCACCACCUCCGUCACCGCCACCACCCCAAGCCAAAUACCGCCUAUCAUUUCGCCUACUCCCCUCUCGCGCAAUCAAGAGCCACAAAAUGAAACACCAAUUCCGACACCCAUUCCCCGAACUGCGCCGACCCAAACAAAAACAAAAGGCAAAACAAAAAGGGCGCAGUAGACUCAAAGAAACCCCUGUCGAAAAAGCAGCAGUACCCUCUGUCCCUUUCGACUUAAACUCUCCACCUCAGUCCUCUGAACCAGUUAGCAAAAGGACCAGGUCUUCCUCGCAAACCCCAGCACCAGCGGUCCAAACACCAGUAACCCAGUCUCCCUUACACUCUCCAGCACCUGCGUCAUCUGCAGAUACUAUUGAGGAGGAAGGGGACACGAUACUUGAUAUUGUGGGUCUUUGGGAUUUGUUUCUCUUGUGGUGCAUGAAGGAGAGAAAACAAGGAAUCAUAUAUAAACGACACAAUGUUGUCUUGCAUAUGGAUGUUUGUGAGAAAAUAGGCCAUACCUAUACUCUGUUAUAG